UUUGGCUUCCACAAACCGAGCCCAUAAAGCUACUUCCACUAAUUCUUGAUAUCUCGUGUAGACAUGCUCAGGCGUCAGCUGUUCAAGAGUCAGAACUUUCGACGGCUUCAUACUCAGGCCUCCAACACCUCUCGUUCACUCGCGAGGCACCGUCCCCUGACUUUAUACACUUCCCUUGCCAUCUCAGCCGGUGCUCUUUGGUAUUCCCUCGCCCACCCAGUGUUUGCAGAUGCACCUCCUCUUGUCUUGCCAGAAAGUUUUGCCCCUCUUCAGGGAGAUGAUAUAGCCACUGGAGAACUUGAGGACGGCAGCAUUACUGGUGUGGUCUGGGGCUCAAACAAGAACAAUGUGAUUUCUCCAGACCAUCCCGAAGUAGACCUUAUUCAGAGGCCGGCUGCCUCCAAAUGGUUACAAAAGGUUGCUUUGCGCGACUUAGCUCUUCACGAAGCACAUGGGGCGUGUGUGGACGCUCGAGGUGACGUCUAUCAAUGGGGAACGGGUUUUUAUGGCAAAUCUACAAGUCAGGCAAACUUGCCGCAAAUGACACUCUCAGGCAAGAACAUUGCCAGCUUGCAAGUUACUGAAAGCCGAGUGUUUGCGCUUUCAUUAUCCGGCAAAAUUUACGUCCUUGCCUCAAGCCGUGAGCAGCAAAGACCUUGCGAACAGUCCCCUACCGAAGGCAUUUGGGGUCUUGGUUCCAUUGGUAUCAGACAGAAAUCACCAGUCGACUAUGUGGAGUUGUCAACAAACACCCCUUUGUCAUGGGGUGAAAAGUUUGUCUCCAUUUCAGCUGGCCAGGAUCAUGUUCUGGCUCUCACAUCGUCAGGAAGGACGUUCUCCUAUGCAAGCACCAAGAAAGCUAAUUCUCAUGGACAACUGGGCUACCGAAAGUUUGACCUCCCCGCAUCGGUCACACAGACGAAAUCUACUACACGGAUCCCUGUGGAGCUCUUGCCGAAACUAGCGAAAGAUCCUUAUUCUAGAGCUUCACCGUUUAUCAGAGAGUUGGCCUCUUCUUCUGCGGAUCCUCUGGAAGCUAUAGACGACAGACAUAUACGAUUCUCGGAUACUCUUUUCGAAAUACAGUCUCUGCAAGGCAUCAAGGUGUCGCAGGUCGCAGCAGGAUCAAGAAGCAGCUUCGUCCUGACUGACUCUGGUCGAGCGCUUGGCUUUGGAGCCAAUGAAUACGGGCAGAUGGGUCUCGGAAGCAAUGUGACACUGGAUUCAAUCGCUGUUCCGACUGAAAUAGUUUUGUCCCGUAACGUCCCACCCUCAACAAGUACCAAGUGCCUUGAAAUCGCUGCGGGUGGCAAUUUGACCUGUUUCGUAGCUGAGCGUACCGGACUAAGCACUGGUAAAUUUGUUGAUGUGCUGGUUUGCGGAAACGGACAAUGGGGUGGCUUGGGUAAUAACGUGUUUACUACAUCCCAAGGAAACCCAACAAGAGCCAGAAAUGUUAGUGGUCUCAAAGAAUAUAACGAAAAGCUAGGAACAUCUUCGCCAAUAGUACCUCAUGGCAUAUCCAUCUCUCCCACUGGUCACAUACUUCUAAGCCUGGACACUCGGCAUGAAGGCUCAGGCCGUGACCUAGUUGUCUGGGGCUUGAACCAGGACUACCAAUUGGGCACAGGGAGGAAGUCAAGUCUAGCUGUGCCUACUAUGAUUGAGAAGCCGGAUGGAAAACGCUUCAUGCUUGUUGACAAGAAGGCAUUGGUCGAUGACCUUCUCGGACGGUCAUACGGGAAGGUUCUGGUCCAGCAGCAUGCUGUGGCAGGAUAUGGAAAUAGUGUCAUUUACUGGAAGAUCUGCUAAUCUUGUAUACAUAUCAGUUACAUACAUUUCUUAUAAUUUUAAUCAAUCAAAUCUCUUCUCG